AUCCCGCCAGUGAGGAGUAAUUCUCGCGAGAUUACGAAACAGCAAGGAAGGCAGAGAAAAUGGAAGGUUGUGUAAAACAGCUUGCUAGCUGAGCGAAUCCAAUAAUAACUGGAAAGUAAUCAUUUGUAUCCAAGGUGCAAAGAGAGAGUGGAAUGACACUUCACAUGUCCUGAAAAUUAGGCUUUGCCAGCCAUCCGCUCAUUUGCAGAGCUGCCUAUGGAUGUCAGUAUGGACCCAAUGGAAAAUAACAGUGAUGCUAAUAAUUCAGAGGACCAGCAGAGCCAGUCAGAAGGGGCAGAGACGAGUGUUAGACCAACCAUGUCUCAGGUUAAAAAGUCUUGGGGCUUCAGGCGGACAACCAUCGCUAAAAGGGAGUUCUUGGAUGAAAUCGGAGACCUAACCCACAGUCCUCCAAUUGUACGCAGAGGCAGAGGCCGCCGAACCAACCAGACACCCCUGGCCACUCCAGAAACCCACACAACCCAGAGAGCUUCUGGUGCAACGAGGAGUGUUCUAGAUGACCUUGAGUGGUCUGCUCCAUCCUCGCCUGUAUCAGAGGAGAGCAAGCCAGCCUCAGAAGCUUCUGCAGGAGGGAGCCUUGACCCCAGCUUAUGGCAAGAUUUUGGGUCUGCCUUCCACACUGCCUUUUCACUGCUCGGCGGGAACGAGGGCUUGUCAAUGGAAAUGUCAGAUGCACUGACAGUCCCUGACAUUUUGGAAGCCACUGAUGCCAUCGUGACCCCUCCACAGGUUAUAGAAGAAACUGAGGGGCCUGAUAAUAUUGAAUCUGCUGAUGACAUGGAGCUCUCACAGCCUGUUGCUUCUGACAACGUGACAGGAAGGGAAACUGAUGAUGUGGUGUUGAUUUCUAGUCAAGAGGACAGCGAUGACAUGACUCUGAUACAGAUUAAGGAGCAGUUGACAUCUAAAGGCAGGCAGGAUGACACAAGACCUAGAGGGAGAGGUGGAAGAGGAAAGGCCAGAGGAAGGGGGAGAGGCAGAGGAAGAGGUAGGGGAAGAGGUAGAGGAAGGGGCAGAGGGAGGGGCAGGGCAGCGGCGCUUCAGUCAAGCAUGGUAGAUGAUGAGGACAACGAUGAUGAUGAUGAGGUGGUGCUUGGAUCCAUCCAUCCAUCUGAGCACCAUCUACAGCAGUUGCAAGAGGAGGAAAAAGAAAAUCAUCCACGCAGCCCUUCUGAAAUAGAGAUAUCAUCUGCUAACUCUGACAUCACUCUGAGUCCUGCUCAGCAAUCAAGCUCAGACUGCAUAAUCAUAGACACUGAUUUAGACCAGAUUACUGAUGUAACUCCUGGCCAGUAUGAUGAUGCACCAGAGGUGGAGGAGGAGGAGAAAAAAGACUACAAGAAUGUAGGAGAGUUUUCAGGCAUAUCUGACACAGAGGGCUCUGACUCAAAUGCUCUAUACUGCAUCUGUCGACAGAAACAGGAUAAAAGGUUCAUGAUCUGCUGUGACAGUUGCCAGGAUUGGUUCCAUGGCGACUGUGUUGGUAUCAGUGAGACACAGGGCCGUACGAUGGAGAAGAAAGGGCAAGAGUACAUCUGCCCCCCUUGCACUACAAAGAAGCAGAGCCAACUCAAACCUGAGCCUCACCAUCAACCAGAGCCUGAGCUUAGCUUUCCUGAAUGCUUGACACUAAGUCCUCUCAGUGAAGAACAGGAGGGGCAUGAGGAGCUGCAAGACCUCAAGGAGUCCGUAUUGGUGGUGGAGGAGAAGCAGGUUCCUGUGACGAAGCCUGAGCCCGAGCCCGAAGCUGAGAUGGAGACAGACAGCUCUUUUCCUCUGUGCAUUGGACCUGAGUGCUUCAAACAAGCCCUACCAGACUCUGUUUACUGUGGCACUGACUGCAUCCUUCAGCAUGCUGCCGUCACUAUGAAGACUCUUUCUGGCCCGAAGGUGCCCAAGUCCAGAGGGCGGCCACAGAGAAAAGCUGCCGUUGCCAGACCCACUGCAAAGGGUCAGAGGUCGGGUAGGAUGUCUAAGAGAUUAGCAGGAAAAGGUGAGGAGGAGGUGAAGGAAGAUGAUGGAGGACAGGAGGAGGCUGCAACUCCCUUAGCCUGCGACCCCAGUCUCUCAGAAGUUCAGGCCACUUCCAUACCAUCAUCUAAGCUUUACACAGCGUUUAUUAAGGACUGUAAACAGGCUGACAAUGAGGCUGUAACUCCUUCAAAACAACCUCCUGAGGAUACCUCGACAGAUGUGGCUCCCUCCUCCCAGCCUGCCACUGAGCCAGCCCCACCACAGAGCUACUCUCAACAAAAGGCAAAGGAGCCAGUCAACAGUGUUGUGUCGAAGCAGCAAUCUGCAGAAUCAGAUCCCUCCAUACCACCCAACCAAGCAGAAAUUAGUCUGUCUCCAGCUGCACCAUCCCCAUCCACCUCAGCUCCCAGACACCAUGAAACAGGGGCUCUUAUGGUCACUAAGACCACAUAUGUAAUACCAAAGAAGCAGCCUGGACCCCAGCCUCCGUCCGGCCAUGUGUCAGCCUCAGCAUCAGGCCAGAAGUCUUCUUCAGCCCCCACGCUGCUGAAUGAAACCAGAAAUCUGCUGGUGCCACCUGCACCCAGUGCUCCCUCUUCCAGACCCUCUCAGCCCAAUAACCAGGUCAGACAGAGCAUCCAGCGCUCCCUCAGCACCAUCCUGUUUAAAAGGGUGUGUGAUUGUGAGGAUUUGGAGAUGUCCGAGAGUGAAGUUGCAAAGGUUGUCGCAAGCAUUGAGAUGGAGAUGUUUGACAUUUUUCGCAACACAGACAGCAAAUACAUGAACAAGUACAGAACUAUAAUGUUCAACCUGAAAGACCCAAGGAACAAGGGCUUGUUGUGUCGGGUUGUACGUGGAGAGAUCAGUCCCUUCAGACUGGCCAGGAUGAGCCAGAAGGAUAUGCAGGCUACCAAAGCAUCAGAGCCAAGUGCAAAAGAAACAGAGGUUAAGGAUGCGGCUGCUAAAGCGAUAAGUUUGUUGCAGAAGCCUGAAGCAGUGAAGGUUGAUUUGCCCAGUUUGAAUCCCGCAAGACCUGAUAGAAACAUGGUUGCUUCCCAGGAACAAAAAAGCUUUCCUGCUCCUGCUCUCAAGACCAGAAUAAGCCAGGGCAGGGCUGUACCAGAUAUUCUUGCAUGUAUGCUGAAGGACACAACAUCUGAGCACAAGGCUCACCUCUUUGACCUGAAAUGCAAGAUAUGCACAGGCCAAAUACUAGCUGGGGAAGAGGACGAACCCGCAAAGAAAAAAACCAAGGUUUCUGAAAUAAGAGAUAAACAUGAACCCUCUUGGAGAAAGUCUGCAGGAGAUGACUCCCCUCUGCAGGCGCCACCUGAUUCACCUGACAUGGAUUCUCCAACAUCAUCCCUAAUGGAUCCUUCAUCCCGCCUUAUCAUUGAUGCUCCAGAAUUGACUAUAAUAGAAUCCCCUGCUUCCCCUAUAAUGGACUCUCCAGCCUCCCCUACUUUAGAGUCUCCAGCUUCCCCUGUCAUGGAGUCCCCUGCAUCCCCAACACCAGACACUCCUAAAACUACUACACAAAAGAGAGCAUACACACCAGUUGUGAUCCCUGCUGUAUCCACAGUCACCAUCACAAGGCGUGACCCCCGCACUGCAGCAAGCAGGUUCUCUGCUUUGUCUAGUGUCACCUCUGGCCCCAGUAACACAACCCAUAACCCAUCAGUCCCUUAUGCUCCUCUUAAAGAGAGUAUCUCUGCAUCGCACUCAGCGUCUGUCUCCUCACGACCACCAACGAAACCUUUACCUAAAUCUAUCUUAAUGAAGCCAUCUUCCUCUGUGGAUCCCAGACUUUAUGGCACAUCCUCGAGGACCGUGAUCUCUGAAUCCCCAGCUGAUGGCGAGACUUCUCAGUUCUUGGCUAAGCAAGAUAUAGUGUGGAAAGGCUUCCUAAACAUGCUUUCUGUAGCCAAGUUUGUCACCAAGGGAUAUCUGGUUUCAGGAUCUGCUGAAAAUCUCAAAGCGGAUCUACCUGAUACUAUACAAAUCGGAGGACGAAUCCUGCCUCAAACAGUGUGGGACUAUGUUGCAAAACUAAAGAGCUCUGUUACAAAGGAGUUAUGUGUGAUCCGGUUUCACCCUGCAACAGAGGAGGAAGAGGUGGCCUAUGUCUCCCUGUUUUCCUAUUUCAGCAGCAGAGGUCGUUUUGGUGUGGUCGCCAAUGGCAGCCGUUCCAUCAAGGAUGUAUACCUUGUCCCACUCAGUGCAAAGGAAUCAAUCCCAUCCAUACUACAACCUCUCAACGGACCAGGGCUUGAAAGAAACAGGCCAAAUCUUCUUCUGGGUCUGGCAGUCAUCCAGAAGGCAAAACGUCCUGGAAGUUUGCCUCAGGAAAUUGAAGAGAAGAGACCCAAAGUUCAUAUGUCCAAAGACCCUAUGUGGAUCCCAAAACCCCCAGUCCUCUAUGGUUCUGACAAAUUGGAGAUAUUCCAACCCUACGAUCCAGAGACUCCUGCUAGCACCACCCCUCCUGGCUCACCACCUUGCCCUGGCUCACCUUCAGACUCUUCCUCUUCUGGAUCAGUUACCAUACCAUCUCCUUUUACUUCCUUUAGAACAAACCCUCCUGUUCCUACCUCAGCCACUCAGGCAACCUCUAAUAGCAUCUCCGACAAGAAUCCCACAACAGCAUCCAGUGAUAAGACACCGCUGCAGACCAUCUUGAAUAGUUUGUUUGGCAAUAAACAAACUGACUCUGUGGUCUCUUCUGACGGAAGUUCUACAACAACAACAACAACAACAACAACAGUUAGUGUUAAGAAAGUCCCAAUGUUUUCUCAGACCAGAUCAAUGGUGGAUCCAAUUGUCGAACAGUAUGGACAGAAAUCCAAAGUAAAAAAAAUAGAAGAAGAAGAAAAUGACUUUGACCGACCGUAUGACCCAGAAGAGGAGUAUGAUCCAGCAAUGGCAUAUGGAAUGGUUGCUCCUCAGAGCAUAGAAAAAAUUAAGGCAGAUGGCCCUGCAGUAUCAGGCUUUGUAGAUGAUGGUGUGGCCUAUGAUCCAGAGGACGAGACCAUCUUUGAAGAUAUUCAAAGUGAUAUUGUUGUGACAAAGCCCCCUGUUCCAACUCAAACGUCAAGUUCUCCAUCAUGCCCAGCCCCAGUUUCUAUCCAGAUUGUAACGCCAGCUCCUACCUCCACUCCAGCGCUAACCUCUACCCCAGCAGGAGUAAGGCAGAACAUUCCUACGGGCACUGUGGUUGUCUCAGCUGCAACACUAACUGAACAACAGCGGAUGCUCGAGGAGCUCAAUAAGCAGAUUGAAGAGCAAAAACGACAGUUGAAGGAGCAGGAAGAGGCACUACGUCAACAGAGAGAGGCUGUGGGCAUGUUCAUGGCUCACUUUUCUGUUUCUGAUUCCCUGAUGUCUCCCCCACAAAAAUCUUUGCCAGUAAGUCAACUGUCAGAAUCAACAGACAAGACCAGCAACCUUACAGAGACUGUGGACAGUUCAAAUGUAGAAUCACAAACUGUUAAGCUAGAAGACACAACUGCCAUCCCUAAUUUAGAAAAUGAUGCAGAUAAUGUUACAGAGCAAGAUGAAACACAGGAAAAUGUUAAGGAAUCCUCUGCUGGAGAGAUUGAAGAUUCUGAUGUAGCUUAUGAUCCUGAGGACGAAUCACUUUUUAAUGAAAUUCAAGAUGAUGUAUUUCAAGGAGGCAGCAUAAAGACUCGUGAUUCAUCUUUGUCUAGAACAGGGCAUAGUGCCAGCCGGAAGGGCACUCCUCUGAAUGCAUACCACAGCAGAAAGCGAAGACUAUCACCAAAGAAGCGGAGUCGUCGUGAAAGGGACCACCAUAGAAGCCCUUCAAGAAGAUCACAGCGGCGUUCUCCUUCACAUUCCCGGAGACGUAGAGAAAGGGAUAGACAUAGAAGAAGUGAAAGGGACAGGUCAAGGCAUAGAGCUAGAGACCAGUCUGAACGGCAAGGUCACCACAGUAAAGAGCAUUCUACACACCGACAUUCUCAUGGACGUAGAAGAUCCCCAUCAUCUACUGGAAAAAAAGAUUCUGGGUCCCUUUCACCAAAACAGCAUAGAGAACCUUCCCCUCAAGUCCUUGAGAAAUCAAAGCCUUUAAGUGUUCUGUGUAAUGCUCCAGACUCUGUUGUUGGACAAUUUGUAGAGAGUAACACUAUUAAAAAUAACCCUGAUGGGAAUCAGCUAAAAAGUAAUCUUGAUGAGAGCAUUGAUAAAGGCUUUUCUCCAUGUUCACAUGGACUUCUUCACAAUGUGAAACUUGAGACUUCAGAACCACCAAAAUCCCAGGAGCUUAAAACAACUUCAGUCAGCGACCAUGACAACACAUGUACUGGUUCUUCUACACAGGUUGAUAAAACCUCUCAAUUGGAAACUCUGUUUUCAAACAAGUUUGAAAGUACUGUUCCUCUAAGAGUAAUUGAUCCUCCCAUUCGAGAUUCUCCUCAGAGCCCUGAUCCAGAGCCACAGUUUGUGAAUCCUAGCAGCAUAGGAAUUGACUCGGUUAAGACUGAGGAAAUCAGACUUCCCGAGAUGCAUACCAGUGUCUCAAUGCCACAUGUUAAAGUUGAAAAUAAUUUUCUGCCUAUUUGUGGUCAAGCAACAAUGUCCAAUAUGUGGCCAACUGUUGGAGGUCCAAUAUCAAACGUUAGAAAUAUGGAUUUUAGAACCCUAAAUCUACAGAGCUCAGGUGUCAGUGAUACAGGUAUGAUAGAGGAAGACAAACUGAUAGAAGGGGGAAGUCCAGGCUUAAAGCAUCAAAAAAUACUGGGUCAUGGGGGAGGACAUUCAGAUCCAGCUACAGACCCAGAUAUUCAGGGCUCAGGACCUAAAAUAGACCCUGUGACAAAGCGUCCAGGACCUGGUAUAAGUGAUCCAGGUAUGAGGAAUGCAGGAUCACAUAUGAAAGAACUUGUACAUAGGGGACCACAGAUAGAUCUUAUAGAAACAGGAAUUAGAUUCCCAGGGCCUGAUAUGAGAGGUCCAGGCAUGCAAGGCAUAAGUCCCAACAUUUGUCCUGGAUCAGACACACAAGACCUAGCUAUAAGUGGUCAAGGGAAACAUGUGAGGGACCCAGGGACAGGGAUGCAGGGUUCAGAGGCAAAUAUAAGAGAACCAGUUAUUCAACAACACAAUAGUGAUAGAAUUGGUUCAUCGCCAGUCAUAGGAGGUUCUGGGAUGAGGAGUCCAGUGCAAAAUAUGCAAGGUCCAGACCCUGAUAUGAGACACAGCGAACUAGAAGUGAGAGGAAGAAUGCUUGUAACAGCUGCUGCAAAUUCACAUAUGGGAGGAUCAGGCCUACAGAAUCAGAGGGGAGAUCCAAUCAUGAAGGGCCCUCCGUCAUAUAGACCUGGGCCUGACGUAAGGGGCACAAGGGGUCCUUUAUCAGCUAUGUAUCAUCCAAGUCCAGAAAACGCAGAUGGCAGGCCAGGUGUGAUGGAAAUAAGGAGAGAUCAAUCUUUCGGGGGUCCACAGAUCGAAGGUAGGGCUGCAGAUAUUAUAGGAAGAGGCCAAAAAGAUAGAGGUGAAAGUCCACAUACUGGGGGAAUGAGAUCUUCUAUGAGGGGUGGAGAUGUAAGAGAUCCAAGUCCAGGUCCAUCUUUUAGGGGCUCAGGGAGAGUUCAAAUGCAAUUGAAGCAUGAUGGCAGUCCAGUUUCCAGUAGUGGGCCUAGAGAACAUUUCAAUGAGCCACUGCCCAAUAUAAGGGCUGAAAGGAUGGUCCAUGGCCCUGACAUGACAGAAGGAGAAACAAUCCAUAAUUUAAGAAGGCCAGAUUUGACAGAAAGGAGUUAUAUGGGGCCUGGUCAAGAUAUGGAUAGUAUGGGUGGCUCAGAUACAAGGGGUGAUGGCAUGCUAAACAUUACAAAUCCAGAUUGGAGAGGUCCAGGACCAGGUUUUGUUGGUCCUGAUAUGAGGGGUCAGAGGAGUCAAAAUAAAGGCCUGUGCCCACAUUUGAGGGGUCCAGAUUGGAGAGGCAUAGGAUCAGAAAUAAGAGAUGUUUGGAGAGGGUCAGAUAUGAAAGGAUCAGGUCCAGUCAGAGGAGAGCCAUUUAUACAAGAUAAAUGGAGAGUCCAUCAGCCUGAUAAGAGGGAUCCAAACAUAGAGAGCCAGGGGCAUGACACAAGAGGUGCUGCAGACCUAGACUUUAGAGAACCAGGGUCUGAAAUGAGCGGUCCAAACAUGGAAGACCUUAGGCAUGACAGGAGAAGACCAGGGGGUCCGGAUUUCAUUACACCAGGACCUGUAAUGAGGGGACCUGAUAUGGAGAUCCCAAUGCAUGACAGGAGAGGACCAAGAGGUCCAGAUUUAAUGAGACCAGAGCCUGAAUGGAGCAGUCCAACUAUGGGAAAUCUAGGACCUGGCAUGCAAGGACCAGUGGGUCCAGAUUUUGCGGGACAAGGACUUGAAAGGCGAGGUCCGGGGCCUAACAGUAGAGGACCUGGGGAUCCACAUUUUAGAGGACCAGGACCUGAGAGGAAAGGCCCAGCUAUGGAGGGUCAAGGACCUGACAUGAGAGGACCGGCAGGUCCAGAUUUCAAGGUGCCAUGGCCUGAAAGGAGAGGACCUGGAGGUCCAGAUUUCAGGGGACCAGGGCCUGAAUGGAGAGUUCCAGCUAUGGAAGGUCCUGCAACUGACAUGCAAGGACUUGGAGGUCCAGAUUUCAGUGAACCAGGGCCUGAAAGGAGAGGUUUAUCCAUGGAGGGUCCUAGGCAUGUCAGAAGAGGACCUGGAGGUCCGGAUUUCAGGGGACCAGUACCUGAAAGGAGAGGUCCAGGUAUGGAGGGUCCUGGGCCUGACAGUAGAGGACCUGGAGGUCCACAUUUCAGUGAACCAGCGUCUAAAAGGAGAAGUUUAUCUAUGGAGAGUCCUGGGCCUGCCAGAAGAGGACCUGGAGAUCCAGGUUUCAGUGAACCAGGGCCUGAAAGUAGAGGUUUAUCCAUGGAAGGUCCUGGGCCUGCCAAAAGAGGAUCAGGAGGUCCAGAUUUCAGAGGACGAGGACCUGAAAGGAGAGGUCCAGUUAUGGAGGGUCCAGGGCCUGUCAGGAGAGGACCUGGAAGUCCAGAUUUCGGACCACCAGGGCCUGAAAGGAGAUGUCCAGUAAUAGAGGGUCCUGGGCCUGACAGGAGAAGAGCCAGAGGUCCAGAUUUCAGGGGACCAGGGCCUGAAAGGAGAGAUCCAGUUAUUGAGGGUCCUGGGCCUGACAGGAGAAAUCCUGGAGAUCCAGAUUUCAGAGGACUAGGGCCUGAAAGGAGAGGUCAAUCUAUGGAGGGUCCUGGGCCUGAAUGGAGAGGGCCAGCUAUUGAGGGUUCUGGGCCUGACAGGAGAGGACCUGGAGGUCCAGAUUUUAGAGGACCAGGACCUGAGGGGAGAAGCUUAUCUUUGAAGCGUCAUGGACCUGACAGUAGACGAUCUGGAAGUCCAGAUUUCAGAGGAGUAGGAUCUGAAAGAAGAGGCCCAGCUAUGGAAGCUCCAGGACUUGACAGAAGGGGACCAGGAAGUCCAGAUUUCAGUGGACCAGGACGUCAGAGGAGAGGUUCUGCUAUGGGUGGUUCAGGGCCUGACAGAAGAGAAAUAGAUGUUCUAGAUUUCCAGGGACCAGGGUCUGAAAGGGGAGGUCACACUAUGAACAGUCAAGAGCCUGACAGUAGAGCACCAGAUGGUCCAGACUUUAGAGGGCCUGGGUGUGAAAGGAGAGAUUCCUAUAUGAAGGGUCAAAGGCCUGACAGGAGAGGUCCAGGAGAUCAAAACACUUAUUUAAUGGGUCCUGGGCCUGACUUCACAGUACUGGGGCCUGAAAGAACUGGUUCAGGUAUAGAAGGUCCAGGGCCUCACAGUAGAGAACAGGGAAGACCACACUUCAGGGGUCCUGGGCCAAAAAGCGGACAAACAAAUAUGGAGGGCCCAGGGCCUGACACGGGGGGUCGAGACAUCAGGGGACCGAGGCCAGAAAGACCAGGUUCCAGUAUGCAGGGUCCAGGGCCCAACAGGAGAAUGCCAGGAGGUCCAGACAUUAGGAGACCAGGGCUUCAGCAUUCAGGUCCAAACAGAGAGAGCCCAGGGCCUGACAGGAGAACUCCAGAGAUGGAGAGAACAGGAAACAGCAGGAGCUUUCCAGGAGGCCCACUGUUCAGGGGUCCUGAGACAGAAAGAAGACCUCCAGAUAGGGAGGGCCCAGAGUCUGAUAGGAGAGGUCCGCAUUUUAGAGAAGUGAGGCCUGAAAUAACUGUUAUGGAGGGUCCAGGGCCAGAUAGGAAACAUCCAAGAGGUCCAGAUUUCAGAGGACCAGGUUGUCUAAGCAGAGGUCCAGACAUUGAGGGUCCAUGGUCUGGCAGACAAGAACCAGGAAGCUCAGGCUUUAGGGAGCUUGGGCCUGAGAGGAGAGGUCCAGAUAUGGAGGGCCCAGAACCAGAUUGGAGAACAUCAGGUUGUCCAGACUUUAGAGGCCCAGGCAUCAGGCAGAAAGCUCCAAAUACAGGAGGUCUAAGACAUAGAAGAGAUGACUGGGAAGGGGCUGACUUUGGAGGGUCAGAACCUAUCCAAGAGAGCCCAGUUAUAGAGGGCCAAGGACCUGAUAGAACAGGUAGAAACUUGAGGGGUCCACGGCCUACAAGGGGAAACAUUAGAGGAUCAGGGCCAAACUUCAGGGGCUCUGCACCUGAUAGGAGAGGCACAGACACAGAGGAGCAAUGGUCAGAAGGAACAGGGCCCAAUAUGGAGGCUCUAGGAAAUGAAAGAGAUUGUUCAGGAGAUGAUUGGAAAGUACAUGGGAACAGGGGUCCAGGCCCCAUCCAAGAAGGUCCAGGUCAGCAGGUUCAAGAACAUAGUAGGCAGGGUCCUCGUAGAGAAUGGAGAGGCCCUGAAAGUAGGGGGCCAAGGCCAAUACAGGAAAGACCAACUAUGCCAUUUCCAGGGCCUUUGAGAGCUCCAGGAGAUGAUUGGAGUGGUCCUGGUGUCAGGGGUCCAGGGCCUGUUCAGGGUGACCCAGAUAUGGUAUGCCCAGGGCCUGGUAGGGGAAGACCUGGAAAUGGAUGGAAUGAGCCUGAUAGAGGGGAUGCUGGGCCAAACAGAAGGGGGCCUGGACCAAAUUUUUGUGGAGAAAGAGAUCCAGACAAUAGAGGUCAAGGUCGUGAUAGAAGAGGUCUAGGCAUGAGAGAACCAGUAUCAGAUAUGAGAGGGGGUCCAGAUAUGGGGAAUGACUGGAGGCAGCCAGACUUCAAGGGUAAUAUGAGAGGGGCAAACAUGGAAGGACCUUGGGCUCGCAGUGGAGGUCCAGACUCAAUGAAUUUCCCUAAUAGGAGAGGAUUUGAAAUGGAGGGUCUUGAUAGAAGAGUCCCCAGAGGACCAGAUUUCAGACACCAAGGGCCUGAAAACAGAAAUUCAAACAUUGAAGGUCCAGGGACUGAUGGGAGGUUUUCAAAUUGUGGGGGACUAGGAUCAGAAAGGCAAGAUGUAGACAUGGAAAGCCCUGGAAUAGGUAGACAAGGAUUUGAGCAUGAUUUUAGGAGGAAAAGUAGAGGCCCGGACAUAAGAAGGCUAGGGCCCUGUAAAACAGAUAUUAGGGGGCCAGCACCUGAAAGUUCAGAUCUAAGACAUGGGCCUGGGAGGUGGGAUACAAACACAGAGGGCCCUGGGUCUGAUAGAAGAGGUCCAGAUAUGAUGGGCCGAGGGUUAGACUCAAGGGGAUAUGAGCCUGCCAUGAAGGAUGACAUGGAAGAUAUAAGGGGCCCAGGGUGUGAUGGCAGAGGGCUAGACAUAACAGCAUCACCUCAUUUCAAUAUUACUCAUCAAGUUACCAGAUGCCAAGGCCCUAGUGAUCCAAAUUCUGCAUCAUGUAAUGGACCCCUAGGUCCAGCUCAAAACAGUGGAGAAAACUCAUGCCCCGGUUUUGACAAUCUACAAAAUCAGCAAGCAGUAAAGCCCCAUAGACACAGAGCUGCCUUACUUCCCACUCCAACAGAAGGUCUCAUACGAUUCCCAAAUCGUAUGAUCAACAAUCCUGAUGUCCUCAGCCUGAAACGAAAACAAAUCGGUCACCCAACUAACAGAGAGUGGAGUAGAGGUAAACCAGUGAGUCGAGAAAGAGAGUUGGUCAAAGGGCAAAGACAGGAGCAGGAGAAAAGUCCUGCUGGUAAAAUAAGCACCCCGUUAGAUGCAAGUACAGUGGGUGGAGAAGGAAAAAAGGAAGUGGGCAAUGAAACUGAUAAACAGGGUGCGUGUGUAGAAACUAAAACCAAACAAAUUAUGGACAGUGAUGAAAAUAAAAGCAAUCCUCGGCCAAGUUAGACACAGACUAAAAAUCAUAACGCAUGGACACCUUAAGACAGUAAGGCUGUCGAACUAGACCUGCGAAAAGGCUUAUUAUAAUCAAAUUGAUCAGAGAUACUACAGCAUAAAACACAUUGAAUGUACUUUUCUCAUAGAAAGUGGUUGUCCUUGUCUUAUCGAAAUUUCAACAAGACUUACAGGGAAAGCCAUGCGAAAGAUCAGACAUUUUAGCUUGAUACGAAAAUGCUCAGAGGUAUUUUAGUUUAUCAUGUUCUUGUUUGUGUUGCAUUUAUUUUUGUUAUUUGAUUGACUAAAUGCCUCUUAAACUUAAUCAAUCACUUGUAAAUUCAGCUCUGUGUAUUUUUAGUUGGAAAUAGUAAAACAUGCUUUAUACAAAAAUGUACGUGUUUUUUUGUUUUUUAACAUUGUUAUAGUGUCAGUAUAGUAGCCUUGAUCUGGCUUUAAUGUUUUUCAGCUGAUAAAAAAUGGCUUGUAUCGUUGUUCUUUUAGAAUGUAAGAAGUCAAUAAAUGAUAUACCUUUUUUUUUAAAUUGUAUUUAGUCUAAUUUUGUCAUCAAUAUUUGUAAUUGAUUGGUUGCUACGUGAGCCAGGCCCAAAACUGUUAAUGGAAAAAACUAAUCCCAUAUUAAUGCACACUGCCAGCACUGUUCUGUUUGUGAAAUAAAGCAAAAACUGAUUUAUAUUUUUA